ACACUCAAGCGAAGCUGCACAUCUGGAGGUCUCCGUUCUCUCCUACAGGAGAUGAGGCGGCAGUAAAAGACGGACCAUGCUCCCGGUCAGGAUUCUCCUGCUGCUCUACUGCCUCUCUGUGCUCUUCCCUCUCCCAGCCGACAACCAGACCACCGGUGGAGGAGGAGGAGGAGGAGGAAGGGGCCUGCGAGGAGCCGAACGCAUCAAGGUGCUCUUCACCCCCACCGUCUGCAAGGUGCGCUGCACCCAGGACCGCUGCACCAACUUCUGUGAGCGAGGCAACGUCACCACCCUCUACAGCAACGCGGAGCAGGGCAGUCGCCACGUCCAGGGACCGGGCUUCAGAGUCUUCGUGUGCCCCCUGCUGUGCCGGAACGGGGGUGUCUGCAUCCAGAAGGACCGCUGCCUGUGCCCGCCCAACUUUACCGGCAAGUUCUGCCACAUCCCGGCAACAGGGCCCUCCACCAAUGACAUCGAGAAGCCGCCGCCCAGCCCCGCCAUGGCAGCCAAUCGGCAGGUGCUGACCCACUCGGAGUUUGUCCUCCCCCUGCAGAGCCAGGCACACCCCCAGGCCAGUGCCUCGGGGUCGUCCAUGGUGAAGGUGCGAGUCCAGCACCCGCCAGAGGCCACGGUGAAGAUCCACCAGGUGGUGAAGGUGGGGUACGGGCCCACGGUGAGGGAGCAGACAGAGACCGUUACCUGGUCAUCUGGGCUGUCAGGGGCCAGGAACAUCGUCCUGCCAGGCGAGAGAAGAGAGGCGCCGCCCCCUCGAAUCCAGGCCCAGACCAUCCGUGGAGACGCCACCUACACAGAAUCUUCCGGAUUCAAGUACUGCUUCAGGGAGGUCCGCAACGGGCAGUGUAGCUCCCCCCUCCCGGGGCUCAGAAGCCAGGAGACCUGUUGCCGAGGGGUUGGGCUGGCCUGGGGAAUCAACGAAUGCACCAUGUGCCCCUCUAAAACAGCAAACGCUGCCAACGGAGAGAGGAUCUGUCCGAGUGGCUUCCAGCGCAACGGUACUCAGUGUGUGGAUAUUAAUGAGUGUUUGCAGCCCGGCUUUUGCGAGAACGGAAACUGUGUCAACACUCGCGGGAGCUCCACCUGCGUCUGCAGGACGGGAUAUUUACUGGACGCAUCUCACGGGAUCUGUGUCUCCCAGAAGGUGAUUUCGGAGGACACGGGGCAGUGCUACCGCAUCGUGAGUCAGGGGACCUGCUCCCUGCCCAUCCUGAAGAACAUCACCAAGCAGAUCUGCUGCUGCAGUCGGGUCGGGAAGGCCUGGGGCCGGAGCUGCCAGAAGUGCCCGUACUUCGGCUCAGACGGCUUUAAGGAGAUCUGCCCAGCCGGGCCCGGAUACCAAUACUCGGCCUCGGCAAACAAGUUCCACCAGAAGGCCUUAGAGCAGCUCGGCCUUGGAGGGGCCACGCUCAACCCUCAAAGUAGACCUCAACAGCCCAGCUCAGGCGCUCUUACCCCUCUGAACAGACCCCAGCCCCCUGCUGGCAGCCCCCAGCGUGGGCCUGAGGUGCCCCACAGUGGCCCUGGCAGCACCGCCACCGUCCGGCCGACCCGAGUGCUGUCCCCAAUCCUUCCACAACAAACAGGCACCUCACAUCAUGGACAGCCCACCAGACCCCUCUCUGUCCCAGCCACACCCCGUCCAGCUCCACCAAGGCCAGCUCCACGUCCGUGUGAGGCCAACCCCCGGAUCUGCGGGUUUGGUCGUUGCGUGAGUCUGCCAGACGGCAAACACACCUGCGUCUGUAACCCUGGAUACCAGCUCAACGCCCAGCAGGGGCGCUGCCAAGACACGGACGAGUGCAGGAGGACCCCCCCGCCCUGCGGCGGGGGACAGUGCGAGAACACGGAGGGGAGCUACAGAUGCACCUGUCCCACGGGAUACAGGCCCGGGCCCCAUGGCACCAGCUGCAUAGAUGUGAACGAGUGCGUCCACUCCCCCCGGAUCUGCUCCGCCGGCCAGUGCCAGAACACGCCCGGAAGCUUCCGCUGCAUCUGUCCGGCCGGCUUCCGAACCAACCCGCAGCAGACCCAGUGUCUCGAUAUAGACGAGUGUCGCCUGACCCCCACCCUCUGUACGAACGGCCGCUGUGAGAACACCCUGGGCAGCUACAGGUGUGUGUGUUCCUCUGGGUACAGGCUCCAGGGCACCUCCUGCACAGACGUUAACGAGUGCGAGCGGCCCUCGCAGUGCCCUGGUCAGGAGUGCGUGAACGUUCCGGGCUCUUACCGCUGUGUCGCCUGUCGGACGGGUUUCGCCCUGCUCAACGGCAAAUGCUCAGACAUCGAUGAGUGUCGCAAGACCCCCAACCCCUGUGCCAGCGGGCGCUGUGAAAACACCCCUGGCAGCUACAGGUGUGUGUGCCCCACAGGGUACAAACUACAGGGUGGCACCUGUGCAGACAUUAAUGAGUGUGAGGACCACUUGCAGUGCCCUGGGCAGGAGUGUGUGAACUCCCAGGGCUCUUACAGGUGUGUCUCCUGCAAGCCUGGCUUCCGGCUUCUCAACAGGAAGUGCUCAGACAUCGAUGAAUGCCAGCAGACCCCCAGCCUCUGCACGAACGGGCGCUGUGAGAACACCCUGGGCAGCUACAGGUGUGUGUGUUCCACUGGGUACAGGCUACAGGCCAACACCUGCACAGACAUUAAUGAGUGUGUGGACCCACUGCAGUGCCCUGGGCAGGAGUGUGUGAACUCUCCUGGGUCAUAUAGGUGUCUUACCUGUCGGCCAGGAUUCAGCUUGCUCAAUGAUAAAUGCUCAGACGUGGACGAGUGUCGCCAGACUCCCAGCCCCUGUACAAACGGGCGCUGUGAGAACACCCUGGGCAGCUUCAGGUGUGUGUGUUCCCCUGGAUACAGGCUCCAGGCCAACACCUGCACAGACAUCGAUGAAUGCCAGCAGACCCCCACCCUCUGUACGAACGGGCGCUGUGAGAAUACCCCCGGCAGCUACAGGUGUGUGUGUUCCUCUGGGUACAGGCUCCAGGGCAGCUCCUGCACAGACAUAGACGAAUGUCGCCAGACCCCCAGCCCCUGUACGAACGGGCGCUGUGAGAACACCCUGGGCAGCUACAGGUGUGUGUGUUCCCCUGGGUACAGGCUCCAGGGCAGCUCCUGCACAGACGUCGAUGAGUGUAACCAGACCCCCAGCCCCUGUACAAACGGGCGCUGUGAGAACACCCUGGGCAGCUACAGGUGUGUGUGCUCCCCUGGAUACAGGCUCCAGGGCAGCUCCUGCACAGACGUGGACGAGUGUGAGAAUCCGCUGCAGUGUCCCGGCCAAGAGUGCGUCAACUCUGAGGGCUCGUUCAGCUGCUCGGCCUGUAAACCCGGCUUCAGCCUCAGAAACAGGAAGUGCCAAGACUUGGACGAGUGCCGGCAGGUCCCCCCGCCGUGCGCGAACGGCCGCUGUCACAACACCGCCGGCAGCUUCAGGUGUGAGUGCCUCAGCGGGUUCAGGCCCCAGAAUAACACCUGUACAGAUGUGGACGAGUGCCAGGACCCCCUGCAGUGCCCCGGUCAGGAGUGCGUGAACUCGGAGGGCUCCUACAUCUGCAUCCCAUGCAGGGUGGGCUACACCAUGAAGAACAGAAAGUGUUCAGAUGUGGACGAGUGCCUGAACCCGCGCGCCUGCAGCCGGGAGAGCCGCUGCGUGAACACGGACGGGUCCUUCCGCUGCGAGUGCAACACGGGCUUCAGGGCCUCAGGACCGGGCAGGCAGUGCAGAGAUAUCAACGAGUGUGCGGAGGAGGCUGUCUGCUCGCCGCGGGGCGUGUGUGUGAACUCUGAGGGAUCCUAUCACUGCGUGUGCUCUGAGGGCUACCAGGCGGCCGCUAACGGCACCCUCUGUGCGGAUGUGGACGAGUGUGCCAGGCCAGGCGUGUGCCAGGACGGACACUGCAUCAACACCGCCGGGUCCUUCCAGUGUCAGUGCCGGACAGGGUUCACUUCCAACCCGGAGAAGAACGCCUGUUUGGAUGUGGAUGAGUGCGCGGAGUCCGGGGAGACAUUGUGCCGCGCCCAGCGCUGUGAGAACUCCAUCGGCUCGUUCCGCUGCAUCACCACCUGCGACCCCGGGUACCAGGUCACGGCCACCAGGGAGUGUGUGGACAUCAACGAGUGUGCGAACAAGACCGUCUGCGGGGAGCACGCCUUCUGCCAGAACCUGAUCGGCACGUACCAGUGCAUGUGUGACCAGGGAUACGAAGCCACGGGCGAUGACAGGGGCUGCGCGGAUGAGAAUGAGUGCGUUACCAUGCAGGGGGUGUGCGGAACAGCGCACUGCGAGAACGUGGAGGGUUCCUUCCUGUGCGAGUGUCCGGGAGAGAACGAGGAGUUCGACCUGAACACGCGGCAGUGCCGGAGCAGACUGCGGCCAGGUCGCCCCGUUUUCCCUGGCAGUUCCUCCUCGUCCUCCAGCAGCAGCCUGGAGCCCCGCCCAGACUCCACCGCCCGUCUGCCCCCUGCCCGGCCCGGUGAAACACGGGAGUGCUACUACAACACGCACGACCAGGGCUCCUGCAACACUAUAUCCCGCAACACCACCCACCAGGAGUGCUGCUGUACCAUCGGGGAGGCCUGGGGGCUGGGCUGCCAGUUCUCCGCUUGCCCCGUCCAGGGGUCAGCGGAGUACCAGCAGCUUUGUCCGAGCGGAAAGGGAUAUGUUACAGGACCAGGCGCUUUCAGCUACAGAGAUGUGGACGAGUGCAAAGUAUUCGACCCAGAGGUGUGCAAGAGCGGCGUGUGCGUCAACCACAUCCCCGGCUAUUCCUGCUACUGCACCACCGGCUACUACUACGACCCAGUCCUCCUGGAGUGCAUCGACAACAACGAGUGUGAGGGGCCGGACACGUGUGAGGGGGGAUACUGUGUGAACACGGUGGGCUCGCACUACUGCUCCUGUGAGCCGCCGCUGGUGCUCGACGACACCCAGCGCCGCUGCAUCAACUCCACCGGCCUGGCCGUGGACGAGAACCUCUCCUUUUGCUGGCAGCACGUCACAGCCAGCCUGGUGUGCCAGAGCCCCCUGCUGGAGGGGCAGGUGACCUUCACCGAAUGCUGCUGCCUCUACGGGGAGGCCUGGGGCCUGGAGUGUGCCUUGUGCCCCGCCCGAGACUCAGAGGACUACGAGACUCUGUGCAGGUUUCUCAGGACCCCCGUCUACACCCCGCCUUUCGCAGAACGGUACGACCCCUCGCGGGGCUCCACCCCCAGGCGGGGGUACGACCUUCCCUACAGCCCCGAAUCAUACCCCGACCCUCCCGAACCGGAGUACUUCCGCCCGGGCUAUGACGACUACUCGCCACCAGGGGGCAGGAGACCUGGCUAUGGCAGCAGACCCACGGGCCCUUACAGAGUGCGGGAGCCUCCGUACAGCCAAACGGGUCCCAGCCGUUACUACGAAGAGGACUUUGACCCCCGCUUCAUACCCUCCGAGUCUGAACUCAGACCCCCUUUCCGAACCGUGGACCCUCUCACCGAGCCAGGGUACGGGGCCCUGCCCCGCCCGCCCAGCCGGGGGGACCCCCGGAGCCUGAGCCUGGCGCCCCUCCCCGAAAACUACGAGGAGGAAGACGAUGAGGACGACCGGGGCCCGUCUGAGCCCUGGAGGGCCUUCCUGCCCCGGGACACCCCGCCCUACCCAGACUUCCCCCAGGGGAGGCCACUGGACGGACGGCGAGAUACCUACGAGAGGCGGUACGAGUCGUACGAGGGCCUCAGCACGGAGGACUGUGGGAUCCUGCACGGCUGUGAGAACGGCCGCUGCAUCCGCGUGGCUGAGGGGUACACCUGCGACUGCUACGAUGGCUACCAGCUGGACAUGACCACCAUGGCCUGCAUAGACAUCAACGAGUGUGAGGAGGCGGACGACCCUGCGGAGCUGUGUGUGAAUGGCCAGUGUGUCAACACCGACGGUUCCUAUCGCUGCAUUUGCCAGCGUGGCUUCAUCAUGUCCCGACUGCCCAAUCACUGCAUCCCCUCCCGCCCCUGAGUCCCGCCCCCUCGCCCUCGCCCCGCCCCCAAUCCCAGGAUCCCGGUACCUGCUGCAGCGCCCUCACCUGGUGACUCUGGGUUCUGCCCUCAGCCCGCAAAUGUAUCUUAUCCCCGAGGGAAGAGCAGGAAAGGGCUUGCCUUUUUAUAGUGAGAGAAAUGUCACAAACUGUCCUGUAUUUUUACUUCAGGUGACUUCCACAUUGCAACACCCUUUUGUAGACUGGAUUUCGCUCGACAAUAUGUCAUAGAUUUGAAUAAGAAAGGGCAAGAAGUCGAAGCAUUAAUGGAAAUGCUCAUAGUUGAUUAAAGCAUUUUAAGGGGAGAGACAAGCAGCUGUUUGUUGGGCAGUGGUGUUCUUGGGUCUUCUUGUGUGUGUUGACUGUUUGAGGGAAAGGAGUUUCUGAGGGGUGAGUCACAGGUUCAUGCGAAAAAGAAAGAAGACUCAUUCCAAUGACUCCAUCCAUUGAAUGUGGCUUUGAGGGUCAAUGUGCUCUUCAACACUGGGAUAGAAGGCCGUUUUUGGCAUUCGACCACCGGGAGCGCUGUCUGAAAUUCGGUAUUUCGGCUUUUGGGGCUGUUGCGAAGAUUUGGCCUUGCUCAUCAACAUGUUCUUAAAAAAGACUAGACAGCUUAAUGGAAAUAAUGAACCAAAUUUUUAUUAGUUAGUUUAAGUGGUAUUCGGAUUGUCACGGGGAUAUUAUAAAAACACCUUCAUUAAUGUCUGUUUUUGUGUUUUCCUAUUAAUUUAUGUUCUUUAACGUUAAGCUACUUUUCUUAAUGUAAUAGCUAUUAUGAGAACAUUCAUGUGAUAUAGAAAUACCAAAUUACUAAAUUAAUACAUUUUUAGAAAGCUAUUCUAAACUAGUUUUAAAAUUGCAGGACAGACUGAUUUUGGCUGCCAGCUUUUCAAAAGGCCAAAAGGCCAUGUCUUCUCUCUUUGGGAAAAGAAACAUCAGAAAGUUCUGAACUUCUGGUCUGUGUAAAAUAAUUUUGAAAAUGGAUUACGUUUGAUAUUAAUGUUUACGAAACAUUCACAUUUUUAUUACAAUUCAAGUCAUAAAAUAUGCAUAGUAAACACAUGCUGUAGAAUAUUUUUUUAUCACGUACACAUUAUUUUGUUAAACUGCAAAUUUGUUUGUUUUCUUUCAUAUUUGUUCAAUAUUCCCAUUGUCAGCACCUACAGAUAUAUAACACUAUGCACUGUAUUUGACUCACCUUUUUUGUACAUUUUAAAUGAUGUUACUGAUAUAUGUGAUUUAUUUUUGUUUUAAUUUUUUUAAUCCUUAGUGUUCACGUGUAAAACAUUUUUUUACAUGUAUUUGCACACAUUCUCUUUGCAUUGUAUUUUAUUGCAAUUUUUAUAGGUGUAGCUUUGUACAUUUGUAAUUUUUUUCCAAAGAUAAAGACCAUAGGACUGGU